AUGGAGUAUCUGAAAAUCACUGCUGGAGAUUCGCUGCAAUAUAUGGCCGACGUCUACGGCCACGGCUUGAAAUAUGAGCGUCCUCCGUUCACUUUCCACUCUCAAGAGUGGGAAAGUCUGGCCAGAAAGCGCAUGUCCAUCGAGUCCAUGGGAUACGUGUGUGGGAACGCCAGCACUGGCGAGACUUGUGAUAAAAACGUCCAGGCGUUCAGAAAAUGGUCAAUUGUGCCUCGACGGCUUGUGAAAACCAGCGGAUAUCCAUCUGUCGAGGCCAAAGUGCUCGGGAAAACGCUGAGAACGCCCAUUGCCAUUGCACCAGUAGGCGUGCAGACUAUAUUCAACCCUGACGGCGAGCUGGCAGCGGCUAAAGCCGCCGCCCGCGAACACGUGCCGUACAUCUACAGCACUGCAGCAGCAACACCCAUCGAAGAGGUUGCGAGGGCCAACGGCGACGGAGAGCGCUGGUUCCAGCUGUAUUGGCCCGCGAAUGAACACAACGACAUCACCGUGAGUCUGUUGAAGCGCGCAAAAAAACACGGAUUUUCCGCGUUAUUCGUAACACUCGACACCUACAAGCUGGGAUGGCGUCCCAGUGACCUGGACAACGGUUACAACCCGUUUCUGCGCUCGGACACCGUGGGUACCGCGCUAGGGUUCACGGAUCCUGUGUUCCGUCGCUCUUUCAAGGCCAAGCACGGUAAAGAAAUAGAGCAGGACCUGGAAACGGCCGCAUCAGAGUGGACCGGGACUGUGUUCCCAGGGUUCAGCCAUGGUUGGGAUGGCUUAGAAUUUCUGCGCGAGCACUGGGACGGUCCUAUAAUCUUGAAGGGAAUUCAGAGCGUUUCUGACGCACGUCAAUGCGUCGAGCUUGGAAUCGACGGGAUCGUUGUCUCCAACCACGGCGGGCGCCAGCAAGACGGCGGUCCGGCUUCCCUAGACUGCCUAGUCAAGAUCGUUGACGCCGUUGGCGACAAACUCGAGAUUUUCUUCGAUUCCGGUGUCCGCUGUGGCGCCGAUAUCGCGAAGGCGUUGGCGUUGGGUGCCCAAAUGGUGCUUAUCGGUAGACCUUACGUUUACGGCCUUGUCCUCGGGGGCGAAGAAGGCGUGGGCCACGUCCUACGCUCUUUGCUCGGAGAUUUGACCAUGACCUUGCACCUCGGAGGCUUGCCCUCUGCAUCCAAAGAACAUCUGAACAGGAGCUGCCUAGAACACGAGGACUAG